AUGCCCCGGUCCGCCAUUGUACAAGAGUACAACCCCACUCCCACGCUCUCGGUCGACCGCAAAUCCGCCCAGCACCAACAUGAAGGCAUCGUCGCGCGGCCAGCGGGCUACCGGGUAUCCUGGCACGCCAACCCCGCGGUAGAACUGCACCACUUCGGCCAGUCGCACCCCAUGAAGCCAUGGCGCCUCACGCUCACCAAACAACUCGUACUCGCCUACGGCAUGCACCACGCAAUGGACCUCUACCACGCGCGCGCCGCAACGGUCGAGGAACUCAACGACUUCCACUCAUCCGACUACCUCGAUUUCCUGCAGACGGUGGUGCCGGGUGACAUGAAUGACUCUCAAGCAUCCAAGGACCUGAGCGAGAACAUUGUGCGCUUCAACUUCGGCGACGACUGCCCGAUAUUCGACGGCCUGUUCCAGUACUGCUCGCUGUACUCGGGGGCAUCGAUCGACGCCGCCCGCAAGCUCUGUAACAACCAGGCGGAUAUCGCAAUCAACUGGUCCGGCGGGUUGCACCACGCUAAGAAGGCAGAGGCGAGCGGCUUCUGCUAUAUCAACGACAUUGUGCUUGGGAUACUGCAGCUCCUUCGUGUCCACCCACGCGUUAUGUACAUCGAUAUCGAUGUCCACCACGGCGACGGCGUCGAGCAGGCAUUCUGGUCCUCCGACCGCGUCCUCACUGUCUCAUUCCACAAAUACGAUAAGGAGAACUUUUUCCCUGGCACCGGGCCACUAGAUAGUACGGGACCGACACACCCGCUCAAUCCAGGCGCGCACCACGCCGUCAAUGUGCCUCUCCACGACGGCAUCGAUGAUGACUCCUACGUCCAGCUCUUCAAGGACGUCAUAGGCGCCUGUUUCAAGAAUUUUCAACCAGCCGCUAUCGUCCUUCAAUGCGGUGCCGACUCAUUAGGGUGCGACAGGCUCGGCUGCUUCAACCUCAACGUCGCCGCGCACGGCGCCUGCGUCGCCUACACCAAAACCCUCGGCGUCCCUCUCCUCGUCGUCGGAGGCGGCGGCUACACCCCACGCAACGUCUCCCGAGCCUGGGCGCAUGAAACAUCCAUUCUCAUCGACGCCCAGGACGUAAUCGACCCCGUUAUUCCGUCCAACGUCGCAUUCCGGAACCACUUCGGUCCCGAUUUCUCGCUGUUCCCGCCGCUGUCGGAGAUGCGCAAGCUCGAGAAUAAGAACUCGCGCGCUUACCUGGAUAAGAUCGUGCAGACGAUCACGGAGCAGUUGAGGUACUUGACGGCUGCGCCGAGCGUGCAGAUGUCCGUGAUUCCGCCGGAUCUGUUGGGGCUCAGGGAAGAUACGGAGAAGGAGAUUGAAGAGGAGAUUGCGAAAAUGGAAGAAAAGAGGGAAGAAGAGGGCGAUGGAGGGAAGAGCUCUAGGCGGAGAGAUGCGGAGAAGGGGGCUGGUCUGCGGGGAGAGUUGUUCUCUUGA